AUGGCUAGUGUGAGAAAAAUCAUGCUGUCACCAGCUUCGAGUGCUAAUAAUAACAAAAAUAUACCCAUUAAUGAAAUUGAAGUUUUAUUUCCAGAAUUCACAGAGGACAAAAUAAAUACUGCAGAAUUUCUGGAUGCGGCACGUGGAGUUGUGCGAAUUGUUGAAAAACUUGGCAAAGUGUUUGCUCCGGUUAAAUACGAUAUUCAGCGUAACAUUGAUAAACUUGCAAACAGGCAUGCAACGAAUAAGGAAAGAAACGCUACUUUACAAGACAUGAUAUUAAUUGAAAAAGCUACCGAAACUAAUCUAAUCGCUGUGGAUGCUUUGCUAUGGUUAACCAGGGGAUUACAUAUGAUUUUGUUGUUUCUCGAGAAAAUUGUCCAAGAUACUAAAACAGGUACACCGACAGAAGAUUUAGUAGCAUUUCUAAAAAAGUCUUAUAAAGAAGCACUAGAACCUUAUCAUGGUUGGAUGGCACAACAAUUAUUUGACCUACUAUCUCGCAUGACUCCUACACGUUCGCAACUUUUACAAACACUUACUGAUAAACAUACUACCGUGUAUGACAAUAUUAUAAGCGAUAUGGAAACCUACCUAAUGCGUUUACGAAAAAACAUAUCAAUAAUACAGACAUUUUAUGAAAUUCAUGAUCUUGAUUCUAUGAUGUAA